CCUGUCAACUGUGUGACAGUGGUUUGCUCCAUCGCUGUUGCAACGUCCAACACUUUAUUGUAUUUCGUUCUUUUUGUCGAGUUGUGUUCGUUCGUUCUCGUGAAAACAUGCCGCGCUGUUUGAUCAAAUCGAUGACAAGGUACAGAAAGACUGAUUCUUCCGAAGAGGCAGAAUUACCAUGGACCCCGCCAUCGUCGGCUGAUGCUAAAAGAAAACAACAGACCAAAGAUAAUUCCAUGAAAUGUAACAACAUAUGGAUGUCCUCGAGAUUGCCAAUUGUAACACGGUAUACGUUUAACAAAGAGAACAAUAUAUUGUGGAACAAAGAAUUUCAUGUAGACGACGUAGAAUUAGGUAUGAGAAAUUUCUCUGAACUCGAAAAUACGAUAGCAUCGACCGCGAAUACCAGCCAACUAGCGAUAGACUCGAAUAAUGAGCAAACAGUGGAGAAAGUGCAAAUACCGUUGGCACCAAGUACUAAACAAUCAGAGUACCCGAUUAAUGUAAGUAACAACGAAAUCAAAGUGGCAGUAAAUUUGAAUAGAACGUUCGAUGGAAUGGAGAGUCAAACGACAUCGCAAACAUUGUAUCUUGCUCCAAACAAGAAGCAGAUUGAUUCGCAAAACCAGUAUUUAGGUGGUAACAUGAAAACAUCGGCGAUCGAGAACCCUCAGAAUUGGAAACGAAAUAAAACUAUGCAUUAUUGUCCGUAUUGUCGCAAAAGUUUCGAUCGUCCAUGGGUGUUGAAGGGUCAUCUUCGUCUUCACACUGGCGAACGACCUUUCGAGUGUCCAGUUUGCCAUAAAUCCUUCGCCGAUCGAUCAAAUUUACGUGCGCAUCAAAGGACACGGAAUCACCAUCAAUGGCAAUGGCGAUGCGGAGAAUGUUUCAAAGCAUUCUCGCAAAGACGAUAUUUGGAACGACAUUGCCCUGAAGCUUGUAGAAAAUAUCGAAUAUCUCAAAGGAGAGAACAGAAUUGUAGCUAGAAGACAAAUUUUAUUUCUUGGACAUAUUUGUAUACAGAAAUAUGUAAUAUAAUAUAUU